AUGUCUUUGGCUUGGCCUUAUUCCAACGUGCAUUUCGCGAGUUACAUGCUGAACGCUGCUUCGACGACGACUGCCCCACCGUACGCCUGUUCACCUUGCACACAUCAGCAAACACCGCUGAACUACUAUCAAAACAUGUGGAGAUCAACGUUGCAAGAAAGAGUCCGUUUCAACAGGCUGUUGCAGUGCAACCUUUUUCCUGGAUUUCCGCAUGAUGUCGACAAUCCGUACUCAGUGCUGCCUUCAACCAGCUGCAGCAGCAGCGGCUCGCAACUAAAAUUUGAAGGCUCCCCCAACUUCUUUCCGUCGGCACUGCCCUUGCCGCAAAGUUACUUCUUCCCUCCGCCAUCGAUCACCAAGCAGCGAACCACCGGCGACCCUGCCCUCACGCUAUCCCCAACGACAGACCUCCUCUUCUCGUUGGACAGGAGCGACCCAAACGGUUGUCAGUUUGCCAGAGACGUUGCCGAUGUGACGAAAAACGUCAAAAAUGUUAACCUCAUUGAGGAAACCAACUUUCGGGUCCCUUAUUGCUCCACGCCCAAAUCAAUUCGUGAAAGUGCCAAGACAUGA